CAAUGGGUUUACAUCGAGACGAGGUACCAGACUCCUACCAAGACAAAUACAUCCUCUCGUCAUACCGCCCCGCUGGAAUCACGGCCACUCAAAGCGUUCUGAGCAUCUUCCAAUGGCACAACGAAACAUUCAACUUUUGGACGCAUUUUCUAGUCUUCGCAUACUUCGCUUGGAAAUGCUUCAAUCUAGAUUUGCCAUUGUUCGAGGAACCGUAUUACUGGCCGGUCCUCUGCGUCGGGAUUGGCUCAUGCUUAUACCCCCUGCUGAGCUCCGUUGCGCAUGCGUUCUCUUCGAUGGACAUCAAAGUUCGCCAUUUUGUAUUCUACUUGGACUACAUGGGGAUAAGCGUGUACAGUUGUACCACAUCCAUGGCGUUCCUAACCUACACCGCACCGGAGCACGUGAGAAACUCGCAAAUGGCUUAUAUAUAUACGUACACUUGCGUGGUUUUGAUCGUAAUGUCGUUCAUAGGCUGUUGUCUAUCCAGGCAUUAUUCAAAUGCUAACAGAGCUGUCAUUCUAAGGGUCGCAGCGUUUGCUGUGCCGUUUCUAUUUGUGUGCGUCCUAAUGCUGCAUUGGUUGCUGUAUCAUAAAUCGAGUCCAAUAGACCAUCAUUACUCGCAUAUCCUAUGGAAUCCGGCGGUUGGUCUCGUAGCGGCAGUCAGGCUCCCGGAACGGCUCGUUCCACACUCGUUCGACGUCAUCGGUCAAAGCCAUCAGCUUUUUCAUAUAACAGCGUUCAUCGCAAGCAAAUAUCAAUUCGACGCGGUCAUUAGGGACUGCUUUUUUAAACGGGGCACGAUUAACGCCGACAUCGCAUCGAGACUUAGCGUUGAAGCAUUUCUCUUGGUGCUGUCCAUAGACUUUGCCAUACUGUGCUAUUUCACGAUGCGAUUACGAAAUUCAAAUGAUAAAAUAAAAAACAAGUAGUGAAUUGUAAGAUUAGAAAUAUU